CAGGAGUUUAAAAGUAGAAAAAGCGUUGUAAGAAAACAUUACAUAAUGAAACAAAUUGCAGGAAAAUUCAGCUAAGCACAUAACUGCUCUCGCAAACUGAAGCAAUCAAAGAGAUUAAGAGCUAGCAAUAAAGAGGCAAUAAAAUAGUAUCGUAACAAACCUUAAAUAUGAUAAAACUAGACUCUUCGUCAUAACUCCGAGAAUUGUAAGAAAGCAUUACUUAAUGAAACAAACUGCAGAAAAAUGCAGCUAAACGCAUACUCUGCUAAAGAGCUAGCAAUAAAUAUUUAACAUAAUAGUAUCCGGACAAACCUUAAAUAAGAUAAAAGUAGACUCUGCAUCAUAAAGCAUUAUUUAUAAUGGUAAGUUAAAUGAAAACCAACAAUUCAAUCAAUUCCCAUGUGUUAUCCUCUAGAGGCAAAUAAUAUUUAACCUAAAAGGCUAAGCUCACAAGUCGUAGCCCUGAUAUUAUUACUUCUAUACAAAGCUCUCAAACACAAGACAACUUGGCUUAGCAAAAGCCAAAACAAAACACCAGUGAUAAUACAAACACAACAUAUGCCCAAAGAUACCUUGUGCUAGAAUAUAGAUGGGGAUCACUAUGAAUUAUGAAGCAGUUUGCUCUGGUUCCACAUUAAGCACCAGUAGCCAUUUUACCUAAUGCUCAAGCAAAAAAUUUGACGGCUGAGAACUGCAAUUAUAUAGCUGGAAAAAUGUUUCAGAAUUCAAAGUGCAGAGUAUUUAGAAGAAUUGUUUUGGUGUUUCUUGACCAAAAUAUAUGCUCUGCAAACGGUACAUUCAAACGUGAUUAAAGUGGCAUAAAACAGUCACCAUAUCAUAUAAAUAGGAUUCAAGAUGCAUCACAAAAAUUAAAAUCAUGUCACCCGUUUCAAGAAGCUGAUUUACUGAUGCACCAAGAGCAUCCAAAUUAUCAAGAACUGUUGUGCCGGGUCAAUUGAACGCAAUGAUAAUGACGGAUAGCAGGCAGAAUACCACGUGUCUAGUUUAUACACAUAUAUACAUGCAUAAUGUAUGUGUAUAGAUAUUUAUAUAUAGCAUACAAAAAAAAAAGCAAAAAUAGAACCAAAAAAGAAAAAAUCAACAAAACAAAAUGAGAUUAAAAAAUAAAAUUUUUCAAAAAAAAGGGAGAGAGAAAGUUGUGUCAUUGCCUCACAAAACUCAUAGUCCAUCAAUUUUGUCAUCAUUGUCACGCAAAGGUGCAAAGAAAAAAUUCACCAUGAUAUUUAAGUACUUACACAUGACUUUUUUGACAUGGCAGGAAGAUUUUGCUAUUCCAUGUAUUUCUUAUGUAGGUGGCCACAUAUGCAAACCUUUAUCUACACGGUAAAAUGAAGACAUACAUACUUUUCUUGGCAUAGUGGGAAACAUUACUUGGGAUGCUUAAAAGAAAUUAACAAUAAAUAAAGAGUAAACCCUUAAAAUAGGCACCCGACUAUUAAUAAAUGCCCACUUUAGUCCCAUAGUUUCACAUUGCCCCAAUUAAGUUCCUCAACAAUUAAAAAAAGUCUAAUUUUGUCCCCAGAUUUAAUUUUUCUUUUAAAUUAACAGAAUAGGCCGCUAAGAAUUACUUCUUUUGUGGGUAUUUUAGGAAAAAGACUACUUUUUUAUUAUCCAAUGCUUCGCCUUCCUACUAUAAUUCCCUAGAGACAGAAUGGUGUAACCGAGAUGACCUACUGCUGUGAGCAAGACGACAUGGUGAGGCAGACAUAGACUGCGAGCGUGAAGAUGGGCUAUCGAUCCAGUAUAAUUCUACAUGAGACGGAACACUAUGUUGCUACGAGUGAGACAAUGCACUUUGACAUCCAAAGACCACGAGCGUGACGACAAGCUAUCGAUUCUGCAUUAUCCUGUAGAGAGAUUCAGCAUAAUACUGUGGAGAAAAAACAUUGGGAGGAAACAUGCUGCUGUGAGCAACCAUAAAGCGCUUCGAUAUCCAGAGACAGAAACAUCAAGCAAUGUUGGACAUCCACAAGGAGACGAAGAAACAAUAAAUGUAAUAGUGGCCUUCACUAUGUUGCUUGGGAGGAGUUAUGUACACCAAGAGCUUUAGAUGGUAUGGGCUUGUAUUCGGCUGUUCAAAAAUCUGGCCCCCUCAGUCCUCAGAGCUAGAUUAGCUUGGAGGCUUUCUCAGAAUCCUUCUUCCUUACUUUACAAAUGCAUGGCUGCAAGGUAUGGUCCAACUAUUUGGAGUGACGGGUCCAAGAGUGGACAAUAGCUGCACGGUCUAUCCUUCUUGAUGGAGCUUCUUUCCUAAAACCAAUUGUUAAAUGGAAGAUUUUGAAUGGUAAAAGUAUUAAUGUCAUGAAUGAUAUUUGGUUGUUGGACAAAUGUUUUAACAAAUGGCCCAUGCUUACUGAUUGUAUUGGAUUAGAAGGCAUGCUGCUACAGAAUUUCCUCCUCAGAGACGGUAACUGGAAUCUGCUGGAGCUCAAUCGUUUUUUCAAUGGAAACAUGGUUAAUCUCAUUGUGCAGCAUAGUGUUAUUCACGAAGGGGAGGAAGAUCAAAUGGAGCUUCUAUAUCAAUUAUCUAGUAAAUCUAUUUCAGCCAUGGCAUAUGCUGAAAUUAUUAAAUCUCAUAACCACUAUGAUGAUUCCAAGUUUGCAAAUUGGUUACGAAAGUUAAAACUUAAACCAAAAGUUGAAUUAUUUUGGUGGAGGAUGAGUAGGUUUGCCAUUCCUACUAAUGAGUUUUUGAAAUUUAGAAGACUUUGUAACAGUGAUCUUUGUGCUAGAGGUUGUCUUGAAGUUGAAGAUUAUGCACAUGUUGUGGUUCAUUGCAAAUUCCUCAUUGAUAUCAUUAGUAUAUUGAGAUCUUGGGUUUCAACAUUCCACUUUUCAUCUUUGGCUGAUUGUCUUUUCCAGCUUAGACAUUUUUCUAAAGUGAGUUUGGAUACAGUCAAGAUCUAUUGUACAACUAUUUUCUGUUCUUGGAAUUGCCGGAAAGAUGUCAAACACGCCAAUUCUAUUUUACCCAUUUCAAUGACUGCUGCAAACAUCUUAUUCACUGCUACAAAUAAUUAUCCAAUGCUAGUUAACUGGGAUGCCUCUCUCCUUAAAGAGUCUGAAGCUUCAUGGCACCCCCUACCACCGGAUUGGAUAAAAAUUAAUGUAGAUGCUUCCUUACUGGAUUCUCACACAGCUAGCAUUGGCGGUAGUCAGAGAUUCCAAGGGAAGAUUGCUCCUAGCCUUCGGUAAGCAGAAACUUCAUUGGGACAUUAACCAACUUGAGUUGGAUGCUAUUUUUACAUUGAAAGAUUUCAUUAAAGAUUGGAUGUUUGAAAGCAAAGUUUUAAUAAUUGAGGGAGAUAACUACAAUGCCAUCAAGUUUCUUCACGAUUCUAUAACGAGUUCUCCGGCUAAGAAGUAGAUUUCCGAGAAAAUUUCAUUACUCUAUGACUUUAAUAAGGUAAUCUUCCACCAUACCUCUAGGAAUUGUAACAUAGCUUUGGAAAAAUGAUUUUUGUUUUGAUUCUUUUACUACUUCUGAUAUUUCUUCUUCUUUGUUCAACAUUUUGAAGAAGGAAUAUGAGAUUUGCAAUGUUUGAUUAGAUUGUAAUAGUCUCUCUUUUCUAAUUUCCUUAAUGCAAUUUUGCAAUUUUCAAAAAAAAAAAGUGGGAGCUUUUGUGUUUGUUUGAUCAAGGGCUUUCUUGUCUUUUGUCUUUUCAUGUUUUUGGUGCCUAUAUAUAUAGUCCAUUGUUCUCGUGUAUGAAUGAUGAACAUUUGAUAUAAAUUUCUAGUUAUAUGCUUCCUCUUUUCUUGGUGAGUUGAAAUUGUGUGUGAAGUCCUUUGGAGAAAGACAAAGAAAUACCUAACAGCAUGUGAGCUCUUGGUUGAUAUCAUCUUGCCUUUCUAUUUCUUUCUUCUCCUUCCCUAACCACCCAAAUAACCUCCCAUAGCUGCAGCAAUUUGCUGCCCUCAAUCAGCGCCACCCCCCUUCCCUUCCUCUCCAACCACCUCCACCAUCUCUCCAACACCCUUGCCCCUUGGGCUUCCCAAAUCUGCAUUUAAUUCACAUUAAUUGAUCAUUUAUCUCAAUUAAUUGUGACCUUUGGAGAUCCACAUCUACUUUAAUUUUCUCCUUUUCCUAAGCUAUCUUUUUCCUUUCCCAAGCCAACUAUUUCCCUUCCCAAGCAAGCCACAUCAGUCCACUCCCUUUCCCAAGAUAACUUUUCCCUUUCCACAACAAAUUACUUCACUUCCGAAACAAGCCACAUCAGCCCUCUCUCUUUCCCAAGCUAACUUUUCCCUUUCCCAAGCCAACUACUUUCCAUCAAAAGCAAGCCACAUCAACCCUCUCUCUUUCCAAGGCAACCAAUUCAACCUCUUCAGCUCCUAAGCUGAUUUCUCCACUUCUAAAUCAUCAUAUAGCUGAAACUUUC